GGUAGGAACGUAGACCGACCGGUGCUUUUUCUUUAAUUAGUUGGUACAAAUAGGAGAGUACUACUAAAGGUAAUAAAGACUUUUCUGCAAAACAACCAGGACACCUCCUUCCAGAUAUUUGCUGUGUCUGUGACAAACUGGAAGCAGAACUUCUUAAGGCUUCUUUUCAGCAAUGGCUUUCUUCUGACCCCCCUUAUUCCAUAAAGACCAAAUUUAUAGAGUCCAUGACUAAUAGUUGCCUUUCAACAGAUUAUUCCACCUGAGCUGUGGAUCUCUGCAACUCCUCCAGAGUUACUACAGGCCUUUCGACUACUUCUCUAAUUAAUGUCUUUUUUUGCCCAGCGUGUCACUUUAGGUGGACGGUCAUGUUUUUGGUAGGUUUGUUGUUGUGCCAUCCCCUUUCCAUUUUAAAAUGAUGGAUUGAGCGGUGCACUUUGUAAUGUUCUAGGGUUAGGAUAUUUUUUUACAGCCUAACCCUCCUUUAAACUUCUCCAUUGCUUUAUCCUUGACUGUUCUCUAACAUUCUCUAACAACAGUCUCUAGUUUCUGCUGCACUUCGCACACCAGAUUCUUAUAAAAUACAUCAAAAUUUCUGGCUUUAAUGUGACAAAAUACAAAGGAGCUGUGAAUUUUACAAGUCACCUUAUCCAUGAAAAAUUAUAACUGGCAGGAGAGUGUACAUGUUGAUUAAAUACAAUGUAAAGAAAAUUAAAAAACAGUUAAGUUAAUCUAUUGUCCACAUAUGUGGACAUUUAAAUAGGUAACUAUUCUUGCAUAUCGUUAGCUUCAUUAGGAAGGUGAAUGUUGAAUCGCACUGUCUUCUGCUUUUUUUGUGUCUGUAAUUACUAUAAAUCUGUUUUUAAAGGUUAUAUUAUAAAACCUCAACACAUACUGUUUGGUUUAUGCCUGGAUCUUGUUAUGUCAGUGAAAGGAGUUUCUGAAUAUAUCUCAGCUCAAGAGCAAAAGCGUGACGAGUACCUUUUUUGGGGGGAAGCUGAUUAAUGUUUAAUUGGUUUCCUAUUUGCUGUAAAGAUUACAAAGCAGAGAAGAGGAAGAAGUUGGAAGACAUGUUAAGCAUUGGUUUAGUUUAAUUUUUCUCUGACUUUAUUUAUUUAGCACAAUUAAAUAUCAAAAAUGCAAAACAUAUCAUACAAACAAAUACAGUGAAGGGCUGGAUGCAAAUCCCAGAGCUGAUUUGAAUCCUAUUUAGAUAGUACCAGAGAUUUCCUAAAAUCGUUACCACAAUAAAACAGGCCUAUGAGAUGAGGAUAUAACCAGCUAAGAUUGGACAACUAAACUUUUGACUAGCAUUACAUCGAUCAAUGAGUAGCAGGCACCCCUCCUAAAAUAACCUUAUGUUGACCUUUUUAAGGUAAUCAGCCCCCUGUGAUGUUUGUACUAGAAGACUAUUUUAUAUUAAACAUUUAACAGAAGAACUAGUUAUAGCAGUUAUCCACACAGUAGGUUUUCUGAUCCUACUACGAUUAAGUGGUUGGUUUUACUUAAAAAUUUUUUUUAUCAGUAUAACAUAACCAGCCAUAAAUACAGUAAAGACCAAAAUUAUUCAUACCCCUGAAACCACCACAAACAGAUGCACAUCCAAAGCAACAGGCAAACUUCAAAAACAUCACAGGACUUGAUAUUCCUCAAAAAGCACUUUGAUUGUUUUAGAUGCACUUACAGUAAAUACACUGCAAGUUAACAGCAUUAGAGCAGCUCAGCAAACAUUAGCUGUUACUAAUUUAUUUCCUGAAUCCUGCAGUGAUUGGCGUCUGCACCGGGGGUUUAUCUAUAUUGAAAGAGCAUGGGCCGACUGGAUGAUGCUGCUAAACACAAAGUGGUGGAGCUGCGGAAGGCUGGUCUCAGUUUCCGCAAAAUCAAAGCUGUUCUGGAGCUGGAGAACAUCAAGGUGUCUGCUCAAGCCAUCUACCUGUACCUGAGGGAGUUCCAGGGGAGGCCACCAGGGAGGGUAAGACCACUGGAGGCCAGAGGUAGCACAUUGGCACCACAGGCUCAGGCUCAAGCUGCAGCAAUUCAGGAGAGGUGGAGCAAUGUUCACCUUCAGAACCUGAGACGGGACGGGCCUCAUAGUGCCGAGUAUGCAGCUCCUACUGACUGCUCCAAACAGGUAUCCACAAAUUCAGAGGUUAAUGCAAAUUUCUCUGGAUCUGGGGAGACCAGCGGUAGCAGCAGGCUGGAGCAGCAACCUGGAGAAAAUAAGGAAGAAAACGACAUCCAGAUUGUUAGUGUCACUUCACUUGCACAGUGUGGCCUGCAAAGGGGGACCCAACCAGCUGUAACAAGAGCAGAAACUGGUACAAACAUGUCUUCCAUGUUAACUGCUUCUGGAGCAUUUAUGAGAAGGAGAGUUACACCUUCUCCAGCCACCAGUUCGAUUUUGGCAGCUCGAAAACGACUUCUGGACAGAGCGUUGUCACAUAAGACAAAGUCAUUCCACCAGGUGGCAGCGUUGUUAAGGAGAGAUCAGACUGGUGUUCAAAGUUCAGAUUUGAGCAGUGCUCUACCACAGCAGCCUGCAACCUAUGAUCUGACCACUGAAAAGACUGUUAUUGAGGGGCAGCCUGGGGGUAAUGGUUCCCCUCAGCGCUUUGCUCCACAAAGAUCAGGACAGAGCCUCCGCUCCCCUCAUCCUCCUCCACGUGUUGGGAUACGCCUUCCUAAUCGUCCACUGGCACCGUUGGCAUCCUCAGCUCCAGGGACUGUUCUUCAUCUGCAGUCUCCCAGGAGUCAAGGCGCCACCACUCGCAGCGAAGGGAAUCCAAAUCCACCACAAGCAGUCCAGGAUACUAGAGGAAGGGGUAGUUUGCAGGACCAGAUUCAGAUCCUUGGCUCUGAGGUGCGCAGCCUGGGCCUUGCAGUGAAGAUGCUGGUGGAGCAGCAGUGCCGUCUGGAAAGGGAGCAGUUGCAGCAGACACAGAUUCAGAAGCAGAUCCUCAGCACUCUCCAGACAUUUGCCUCUAAAACAGGACUCUGUAGCAGAACUCCGCAGCGGCUCAACAAAACUCCCUCCCCAUCCUCUUUGCCAACAGCCUCUGCCACUACCUCUUUUGGCCAAGACACGUACACUUUUAGCCAAGGCACGUUCUCUCAGUGCAGCCAGACUCAGCCAGGCUAUAACUCCUUAGAGAGAUUAGAAAAUGUAGAGGCCUUUAAGGUUCCAGGAAUGAGCCCUACAAGCAUAAAUGGGUUUCCACCGUGUAGUAACGCAGAAAGCCUUAAUCUUACUCACACUCCCUCUCAGACACAAACAUAUCCAGCUGCAUACCCACAGCAAACAGGUCAAGCACUCAUGCCACCUUACACACAGUCGUACUUCUCCACAUACAACCAGACACACACUCAGGCCUUCAGAACACCAGAGACUAAAACAUCAGAUUUUUCCAGCAGCUGUUCUGUGAGGACGUUCACAGACUGCAGCAGAUCUACCCAGCAGGUCAUGAACUCUCCUUCACACGACCAGCCACUCAGUAGCAUCAAGGUGGAAGGACCUUAGAUUCCAAUGUUUGGUCCUCAGAAGAACUAGAACUUGUUUCUCUUUUAAGUUACUGCAUCAUUGUUGUGUAAGGUACAUAUAAGGUACAUUUUAAGGUAUAAUUAUAGAGAAGAAGCUGUUUUUAAUUUAUUUAUUUCUGAGGUAAAUUAUCCAGCAACACAUACAGCAAUAUCUCAACAGAGAUGAAAGGUUUUUCUUACACCCCUCUGAUUUAUUUUGACCCCAAUUUAAAGCAAAUCAUAAUUAGUUGCUUUUUAUUGACACACUUUGUAUGUUUUUAUUUUUAUUUUGUCUUGCAUCCCCAGGAAAUGUGACACAAAUUAUAAAUUUUCAUAACUCUGAACCGUUUCAACAAAUAAAAAGCAGAUUUCGAUCCA